CGAGAAUCUUCUCUCGCAUACAUAAACAGUCGAGAGGAGAAUGUAAUUGCUACAAACGAGUUUAAAAUCGCAUGUUAAGAGCGACUGCUCUCGUUCUUUCACUGGACUAAGCUCCUCCUGCACAUACAUAUCUAUAUAUUUAUAGAUAUAGGAGUGUGUCAUUGUUUAUCAUGGCCAGUUUAUGUCUCUCAAGAGGUCGGUGUGUCCUCCGGCAGGUGUUAACUGGCUUACCAAGCAUGGUGCAGUUGCAGCGGCCGUACAGCCUCGAUGUGUCCGCGUCGCUCCUGCGGACUGAAGGCUUCAUAGACGGGCGCUGGGUGUCCGCGGCCUCCUCCUUCCCCGUCUUUGAUCCAGCCACCGGAGAGGAGAUCGCCAAAGUCUCGGACUGCGGUACAAAAGAGGCUCAAGACGCUGUCAACGCCGCGCACAAAGCCUUUUACCUGUGGAAGAACCACACAGCCAAGGAAAGAAGUAUUUUGCUGAGAAAAUGGUUUGAUCUGAUCAUUCAGCACAGGGAAGAUCUUGCCAAGUUGAUCACAGCAGAAUGUGGGAAGCCCAUGAAGGAGUCUCUUGGUGAAAUGACGUACUCUGCCUCUUUUCUGGAGUGGUUUUCUGAAGAGGCCAGGCGUGUGUAUGGAGACAUCGUCGCGGCUCCAGCCAAAGACCGCAAGAUCCUGAUCCUCAAGCAGCCAGUUGGAGUGGCUUCCAUCAUUACACCUUGGAAUUUCCCAAGCGCCAUGAUAACCAGGAAGGUUGGGGCUGCACUUGCAGUGGGCUGUACUGUAGUGGUGAAGCCGGCUGAAGAUACGCCUCUCUCUGCACUGGCCCUCGCUGAGCUGUCGGUUCAGGCUGGCAUUCCUGCUGGGGUGUUUAACGUGGUGCCCUGUUCAAGAGAGAAGACGCCCGCUGUGGGAGAGCUGCUCUGCACAGACCCUCUAGUAGCCAAAAUCUCAUUCACCGGCUCCACAGCCACUGGCAAGGUUUUAUUAAGACAUGCUGCAGGAACUGUGAAAAGGGUCUCCAUGGAAUUGGGAGGACAUGCUCCCUUUAUUGUGUUUGACAGCGCUGAUGUAGAUAAAGCUGUUGCAGGAGCCAUGGGCUCAAAAUUCAGAAACUCAGGACAAACCUGUGUGUGCUCCAACCGCUUUUUGGUCCAGACUGGCAUUCAUGAUGCUUUCGUGGAGAAGCUGGCGAAGACUAUGGAUGCAGAGCUGAAGCUUGGCCACGGAUCCGAGCCCAGCACCACACAGGGGCCUCUCAUCAACUCGCGCGCCGCAGAAAAGGUGGAGAAGCAGGUUGCAGACGCUGUGGAUCAUGGAGCGGUCGUAGUUCGAGGUGGAAAGAGACUGCAGGGCUCUUUCAUGGAGCCGACGCUGCUGUCCAACGUUACCUCUGACAUGCUCUGCAUGAGAGAGGAGACCUUUGGACCUCUUAUUCCAGUUGUUAAGUGAGUGUUUUUUUUUAAGUUAUAUAACUUCACAAUAUUAUUAUGUAGCUUUUAGAUGUUUCUACCCAAAGUUGCAGAUGUAACUUGUAUAAGAAAAUGUCAUUUUGCGUAAAUAAUUUGCUACUGUUUUCAUCCAGUGCGUUUACUCGAAUUGAAUUUUGUACUUUACAGUCACAUUAGGGAUGCUCUGAUCAGCAUUUUUAUUGCCAAUACUAAGUACCGAUUCCUUGUCAUGGUGAUCGGCUGAUAUUGUGUACGGAUUCUGGUGCUUUAAGCUGUAUAAUGCACAAAGCACAAUUUUCCUCUAAGUAUGAUAUUUAAGUGGAGAUCUCCUAGAGAAUAAAUGAAGGAUGUUGAAUAUUA